AUACAUAUUUCAUAAUAUGUAUUGAAGUUUUGCUUAAUGUUCAUGUAGUCAGACUAAGAAACGAAACAGGAUUUUUCUUAGUUUCCACCCAAUUUAGCAUAAACUGCGCUUUGUUCUCACUUCUGUUUGUGCCCAAUCAUAAAACCUAUCAGCCCCAUAUUUCAGUAAUUUUCUCACUGCAAAGUCUGCAUUACAUUAUGACAAUUUCCCAAAACAGUUCAUAAAGGUCACCUUGAAAUGAUCAAGCACAUUUUGUGUAAAGUGUAUGAAAAUAUCCUAUGUAGACAUUGCACAGUGAAAGUCUGAAUUAUCUGCUUUAAAAUAUUUAAACAGCAGAGGGUAUCAGAGCCUUCAUAAAACAAUCAUCAAUUAAAUCUUUUAACAGCCAGUUAGUUUCCCAGGUGAACAAUGUUUCAUGUAAUUGGUUAUUUCUCUAAUAGGACUGAUGAAGGCUAUAAAAUACUAUUAUCUCCAGCUGUGUAUGCUUGGGUUUGGAUCUUCUGAGUGGUGGUUUGAGAAAGUUAAUGAGGGGUUUUUUGAAGUGCUUAGGGUUUUUUCCCCCCUGUUUCUUUCUUUGCUAUGGAUGAAGGGUGGAAAAAGUUACCCUUGUUCGUAAUCAUCCUGACUUUUUUAAAUAAUGCUUAUGGAUUUAAAGGUGGGGACUAUUCAAAUGCCCACCACCAGCGGGGUCAGCCUUCUGACAAUAUUUUGUCACCUCGUGCAGUCCAGUCUUCUGUGUCAAAUGUACCUGUGCCUGGGAUUUUGUCUGAAGAAGUGGGCACUAGUUUAUUCACUAACAGACCCCUGAAAAGGUCUACUCCAAUUUACUCCAAUAACUUACUCCAGUUUGUUAUAGGCCAUGAUUCCAGCAGGCAUGAAUUGAUGUCCCAUGCCCAAACCACUCCAAGCAGCUCUGUAGUUUCCUUGCCCCUACCUUUAAAUGAACAGCAUGCCGGCAGCUUGACAUCACUCCAGGGUUUCUCUGGAUCAACCACUACAGGUACUGCUAGUGUUUCUGCACAAGGAGAAAGUACUAGCUUCCCUGCAAUACUUGGCAAUUCUGGCUUGUCCACCAGUGAUCAGAGCUCCCCUAGUUCGUACCAGGAAACCACUGGUGCUAAACCAGCAGAAGCCACUUUGCCUGUGUCCUCUCAGGAGAAUAUCUCUUACAGCAGUUCAUCAGCUCCAGGUGCCACUUACGCUUCUCAAGGUAGCCCUGUGGAACUUUCAGAAGGCUCUGGUCAAUCAAUCUCCCCUCAGGGUGAAGGCGGUCACAGUGGCUUGUUUCAUUCUCAAGGUACCUCUAGUCACUAUACCCCAGAAUCCUAUAACAAUCUGAGUUCAUCUGGUUCCAGUCAGUCUUCCAGUGAUCAGAGUACCCCCAGUCUAUAUAGUUCUAGCUCUCAUGGUAGUUCUGGCAGUUUGUUGGAAGGGGAAGUGGCAGGGCUUAGCUCUUUUGUUGACUUGUCUACCCAAUCUCAAGAAACCUCUAGUAAUCUGCCCGCAUCACUGGAGGUCUCUAGUCAGUCUACUACUAGUCAAAGCUCUCCCAGCUUGUUUAUGGUUGAGUCAAACCAUUCAGAUUCACAUUCUACAGUUCCUGCUUACCCUCUAGACACUCAGGGUAGUCUUUCUCUCAGUGUUUUGUCUACUUGGACUCAAGGCUCUGCUUCCACUUCUCAGGGCAGCUCUGGACCUGAAUUGUCUGGAAGUUCUGGUCCACUUAUAUCCACACAAGUACAAAGUGACAAUUGUAGUGGCAUGUCCCAAUCUCUUAGCACUUCUAGUCGUUAUGCCCCAGGAUCCCUGAUGGAUGGCAAGUUUGGUGCCUUACCCAUUGGAGUUUCUAGCCAGUCUGCAAGCGUUCAAAGUUCACCUGGUGUGUCUACAAGCACCCAGAGCAGGCCUGGCACUCAAUCAACAACUUCCAGUCGUUUUUUCCCUGUGCAGGGAGGUAGUGGCUCUACUUCUAGAUUAUCUCUUAAGCCUCUGGGCAUUCUGGGUCUGUAUGCCCCUGCGUCCCUUAGCAAAUAUGCAAAUGUUUACAUGUCUUCACACCAAGCUGUUUAUAGCCAGCCAACAAGUCGCUCUGAGGCUUGGUUUGGUGCCUCUACUGCUUUUGCAUCUCAAGGAAUGACCACCACUUACAGUGGUUCUGACCAACCUCAAGGUACCACAAGUCAGUUUGCCCCUGGGUCUCCAUCCUCCUAUCGGUUUGUAUCACUAUCUUCACCCCAAGGUGCUGCCAGUCAGUCUGCUACGGUCCAGAGUUCACAGAAGCAGUUUACUUCUAGCUAUGGCACCCUGUCAGGGUCCUCUACUCCCUUCACCCUGCAGGGGAGCACCACUUAUGGUGGAUCACUCCAACCUCAAGGUACCACAAGUCGGUUUCCCCCUGGGUCUCAAUCCUAUCCGAGUGCAUCACAUUCCUCACCGCAAGGUGCUGCCAGUCAGUCUGCUUCAGUCCAGAGUUCACGGAAGCUGUUUACCUCUAUCUUCACAGGCAGCUCUGGCACCAAGGAAGGAUCCUCUACUCCCUUCACCCUGCAGGGGAGCACCACUUAUGGUGGAUCACUUCAACCUCAAGGUACCACAAGUCGGUUUCCCCCUGGGUCUCAAUCCUAUCCGAGUGUAUCACAUUCCUCACGGCAAGGUGCUGCCAGUCAGUCUGCUUCAGUCCAGAGUUCACGGAAGCUGUUUACCUCUACCUUCACAGGCAGCUCUGGCACCAAGGAAGGAUCCUCUACUCCCUUCACCCUGCAGGAGAGCACUUAUGGUGGAUCACUCCAACCUCAAGGUACCACAAGUCGGUUUCCCCCUGGGUCUCAAUCCCAUCCGAGUGUAUCACAUUCCUCACCGCAAGGUGCUGCCAGUGAGUCUGCUUCAGUCCAGAGUUCACGGAAGCUGUUUACCUCUAUCUUCACAGGCAGCUCUGGCACCAAGGAAGGAUCCUCUACUCCCUUCACCCUGCAGGGGAGCACCACUUAUGGUGGAUCACUUCAACCUCAAGGUACCACAAGUCAGUUUCCCCCAGGGUCUCAAUCCUAUCCGAGUGUAUCACAUUCCUCACGGCAAGGUGCUGCCAGUCGGUCUGCUUCAGUCCAGAGUUCACGGAAGCUGUUUACCUCUACCUUCACAGGCAGCUCUGGCACCAAGGAAGGAUCCUCUACUCCCUUCACCCUGCAGGAGAGCACCACUUAUGGUGGAUCACUCCAACCUCAAGGUACCACAAGUCGGUUUCCCCCUGGGUCUCAAUCCUAUCAGAGUGUAUCACUAUCCUCACCCCAAGGUGCUGCUAGUCAGUCUGCUACAGUCCAGAGUUCAAGGAAGAAGUUUACUUCUAGCUCUGGCACCCUGUCAGGGUCCUCUACUCCUUUCACCCUGCAGGGGAGCACCACUUAUGGUGGAUCACUGCAGCCUCAAGGUACCACAAGUCAGUUUGUCCCUGCAUCUCCAUCCUUCUAUAAUUGUAGCUGUGUAUCAUUGUCCUCACAACAAGAUGUUGCUAGUGUGUCUGCUACAGUCCAGACUUCACAGAAGCAGUUUACCUCUACCUUCACAGGCAGCUCUGGCACCCAGAAAGGGUCCUUUACUCCCUUCAACAUGCAGGAAAGCACCACUUAUGGUGGAUCACUCCAACCUCAAGCUACCACAAGUCAGUUUGUCCCUGCAUCUCCAUUGUCCUUUUCACAAGGUGUUGCCAGUCAGCCCAGCCAAGCACUUCAAAGCUAUUCUGUGUCUCAAAGAUGGCAGCCUUCACAAGGUAUUCAGACCUCUGGUGCAGCUACAUCACAGGGUAGCGCUCUCUCUCAAAGCUCUCCAAUGCAGAGUAGGUUCUCUUCCCUAUCAUCAGCAGGAGGCUCAUCUUCAGGAUAUUCUGGACAGUUUGUUUCUGCACAGGGUGGUAGCACCAGUGAUGAUUUUUCUCUCCAUUCUCAAAGCCCCUCUAGCAAAUACACCCACACAUAUCCAAAGCUUGGUUCCUCGCUCCUAACUGUUUCAAGCCAGUCUACCAGUGAUCAGAGUUCAAACGGCCUGUAUAUCUCAGACUCUCGGCGUACCCAGGGUCUCCUUGCUGUAGUUGAAAGACCCUCUAGACUCUCAUUUCAACCUCCUUUUGACUCCCCAAGCAGUAACCAAAUAUCUAAGGGUUUUGAGGCAUUGCAACGGCCCACUGGUUCCACCCUAGCUCCAUCAUCUCUAGGCUCGAGUGGCCAAGCAUCUUCUGUUAGUAUGUUCUCUGGUAUCCCACAGAAUGCACAGGCUUUACGUGAAUCUGGGUCAAAUGUCCAGCUAUACAACCGACCAUUCCACCGCCACUACUCCGUCAAGGGCUAAGGGACUCUAGAAAACUGCCACAUAAUGCAAAGUGAUGUUUACCGGAAUAUAAAGCGUAAUGUUUAAAACAAAGCAGUUUGUCUUGGGGUGUUCGUGUGGUUG